AGAAAAAGGAGCAUUUUUCCUUUCACUUUCCUACACCACGGAUUCACCUUGUGAUGGAGGGCUACGCUAAAUUCUUGCUUCUUCUCUGCCUCGGUUUGGCGAGAGGCUAUAAUAAUUACGAUUUGCGUCUAGCUGAAACGGGGAGUAUCCCCGGUCAAGGUCGCGUGGAGGUGUAUUACGAGGGGGAAUGGGGGACUGUGUGUGAUGAUUUUUGGAGUCAGGGAAAUGCUGAUGUAGUCUGCAGGCAGCUCGGCUACUCAAGUGGAGCUCAAGGCGGUUACUUAGGGAAAGCUCGGAUAUUUGGAGCCGGAUCCGGAAGUAUCCUUUUGGACGAUGUUAGGUGCACAGGCGAGGAAUCCUCUAUCGCUGACUGUCGUCACAGAGCCGUUGGUACACACAAUUGCGGACAUUCGGAGGAUGUAGGAGUCAUAUGCACUUAUGAAAUUCGACUAGCUGGAACAGGGAGUACAUCCAGUCAAGGUCGCGUUGAAGUGUAUGCCGGGCAAUGGGGGACAGUCUGCGAUGAUAAGUGGGGUCAGAAAGAUGCUGACGUUGUCUGCAGGCAGCUUGGGUUCUCUGGUGCACUUAAUUUUACGGUACAAGCAGCUACAUUUGGACCAGGAACUGGACCGAUUAACCUGGAUAAUGUGAGGUGCACUGGCAGGGAAACUUCCAUCUUUGAGUGCAACAACAACGGUUGGGGAAUACAUGAUUGUCAUCAUAGUGAGGACGCUGGAGUCUACUGCAUUCCUGGUCCUGUUGGGCCAGAUAUUCGUCUCGGAGGUUCUUCCAAGAAGAAUGAUACCCUAGGGUGGGGCGUUGUUGAGAUAAUGAGCGAAGGGGAAUGGGGUACAAUCUGUGGAACAGGAUGGACACAAGAGGACGCUAAUGUAGCUUGCAGACAGCUUGGCUUCUCUGGACCAGCCUUUUACCACUUUUCUGAUUUUAAGUUCUUUGGAGCUGGAUCUGGGGACAUUUUGUUCUCCGAUGUCGCAUGUACAGGAGACGAGGAUUCAAUCACUGACUGCCCAUUCAGUUCGUCUGUGGACCCUACCUGCACCCAUGAUCAAGACGCAGAGGUUCUAUGUCUUGGAGCUUAUGAAGGUCCAGUGGUUCGACUUGGUGGAACCAACAGUGAUGAGAGCAAAGGAUGGGGUACAGUUGAGAUUUACAGGAAUGGCGAAUGGGGGACCGUCUGUAGCAGUGGAUGGACUCAAGAGGAUGCCAACGUCGUCUGCAAUCAACUCGGCUUUCCCGAUGAUGCAUUCUACAACCUUCCCGACUAUGACUUUUUUGGACCUGGUUCUGGAUCCGUUGUGCUCACCGAGGUCGCCUGCACGGGCGAUGAGUCUUCUGUCCUGGACUGCCCAUCAUCUACUGCCGAUGGAUCUAACUCUAAUUGCGAUCAUGACCAUGAUGUCGAGGUCUUAUGCACGCCCGCAACAGGCGCCAGUAUUAACGAUCUGGUGUGGUUGUUCAAGAAGGGAGACAUGAAACAGCAAGAAAAGAUGGCCGAUCUGGAAAUGCAGCUAAAGGAGGCUGAUGAGAAAAAGAGCGCUGACCUGAGGGAGAAAGAUGUCGUGGAAGCUCUUGUCAAUCUACUGUCAAAACUCAAGCAGAAGUAGACCUAACGACGAUAAAUAACCAUGACAACGGACGUACUCAACUGGUGGCGGCUUGUUAUAAGGAUGAGAUUUUUAUAACCCUUUCCUGUUAAAUAGCGUUUACAAAUUCUCUUUAUAUCGUCAUGGCAAACUAGGAAUGAUGACAGUUUAAUCAUGGAAGAGUAGAACGAUUGUUACAUGGCGAAAGACUUUUGCAAAAGAUACGACAAAAAUUCAUAUUAUGGUUUCUUUUUAGAUUCCUUAUGCCAAUAUUGUUUUCGAGUACAUGGCCAAACCGCAUAAAUUGUCCAAUAUUUUACAAAUAACCCACAGAUCGCCUCAUACAAUGUCAAAAGGACAUUAUUCAUACGUAUGUCAAUGUAGAAGCAUCAACCAUAAUUAAACAACAACAACAAAACAGCCCAGGGUCGCCUGACCUGGUUGAUAGGGGACUUACGAUUUACGAUGGUAGUUUGUAGAACCGCAAUCCAUCUUUGUGAUUUCUACGUACGACAUCAUUGAAAAAAUUGUGUUAUCGUCAUCCCGGGGACUUGUUAGUGACUACCAUUUACUUCCCUGGUAAUCCAGUCAACAGUCGUGAAUCGUCUUAAAUCGUAAGCUCACUCUUAUAACCUUUGAGAUAAAUUUUCAUAAAGGUUAGACUAAUCAAAAUUUUCUAUAUCUGCUCUAAUCCAAACUGAUUAAAAUCAGAUUGUCUUCAAUAAAGAUUCUCCCACCCCAGUUACCAAUAUCAUUACUUGUUUCCUUUUUUUAAUUCACACCGGGCAGACACUGUAAAAACUGUGGUGUUAAGACUGACACCAUUUGAUGUGAAUAGAGGACCACACCCUGAGGUGUUAAAACUACACCCUAGAUAUUGAACAUAACACCAAAGAGUGCAAAUCAGUGUUGUAUAACACCUGGAGGUGUUAAACUAACACUGACAAUUCAACACCGGUGUAAAAUAACUGGUGUGGUCCUCUAUGUACACCGGAUAACACCACAGUUUUUGCUGUGCAAGGUCGUAUAAUUUUCCUAGUAUAUAUUUUUAACAAUUGAUGAUAUUUUAAACUUUCUAUUAAAAUAUGAUAAUGCAAAA